ACUCACCUCGAAGACAUAAAAUCGCUACCUCUUCCUCCUCUCUUGCCUCUACACAUCACAACCGUCACACUACCUAUACAUCUCCCUCACCAUCACAAUGGCUCCUCGCACCGAGUUCCCUCCCGUCCGGGCUUGCCUGUUCGACAUGGACGGCCUCCUCCUCGACACCGAAGACCUCUACACCGCCUGCAUCAACAUCAUUCUCGAGCAGUACGGCCGCCCUCUCCUUCCCUGGAACAUCAAGGCCAAGCUUCAGGGCCGCCCCGGUCCCGAUGCCACUCGCAUCUUCCACGAGUGGGCUCAGCUCCCCAUUGCCCACGACGAGUACCACCAGAAGCUUUCUGCUCUCCAGCGCCAGAUCUUCCCCUCGACCAAGCCUCUCCCCGGCAUCCCCCAGCUCCUCCAGAACCUUGGUCGCACCCGCUACUUCGACCACAAGCCCGAGGCUGCUGACGGCAAGACCGCCCAGCGCGUCCAUAUUGCCCUGGCCACCUCUUCCCACGAGGCCAACUUCAAGCUCAAGUCUGACCACCUGACUGAGCUCUUCUCCGUCUUCCCCUCCCAGCGGCGUGUCUUGGGCGAUGACACCCGCAUUGGUGCUGGCCGCGGCAAGCCCAACCCCGACAUCUUCCUUCUGGCCCUCAAGACCAUCAACGAGUCUCUUCCCAAGGGCGAGAAGCCCAUUACCCCCGAGGAGUGCCUCGUCUUCGAGGACUCCGUUCCCGGUGUCGAGGCUGGCCGCCGCGCCGGCAUGCGCGUCAUCUGGUGCCCCCACAAGAUGCUUCUCAAGGAGUACGCCGGCCGCGAGAAGGAGGUCCUCGCUGGCCGCACCGGCGAGGCUGGCCAGGUCGACAUGCACCAGGUCGGCGAGAUUGACGAUGGCUGGGCUGAGUACCUGCCCACCCUCGAGAACUUCCCCUACGAGAAGUUCGGCAUGACCAUCCCUCCCGUCGAGGUCGACAACGAGGCCUUCAUGAAGGAGAACGUCAGUGGCAGCGUCGUCACCAACACCAACGGCUCCGCUUAGUGCACUACUUUCAGCAACCAAGAGACUUUUGGAUCGUGGUUUGGCAUAAUUCCUAGCUUAACACCGCAGACUUUGAGUUUUCUUGACUUCUUUUCUUUUUGUUGAGCAAUUUUCACGAAGAAACGGCGAUAGAUGGGACACAUGGAUUUCACGACGAUUGAACGAAUGGGUCAACGGAUUUUGGGCACGUCAUUAGAAGAUGAGUC